UUUUUCGGCUUUCUAAACCCACUCUCUCUCUAGAUUUCAUCUACUGUUCCUCUCUCCUCUCUCUCUCUAACCUCUCUUCGCCGGCCGGAAACUGACCUGUCAUCGCCGGUAACAGGUUCACCGUUGAUACUAACAACCGGAGCUCUAUCCGCACGAGUUAUUUUCAGCAAUUGCGGUUGAAGAAACGGUUACAACUACUUUUGUGCGGUUAUUGGAGGUUAUACAGAGUUUAAGCGGUUGAAUCUUCCGAUCUCUUCGUGUAGUGGUUGUUUUACGGGAAUGUACCGGAGUUAUUGGCUGAGAUCGUGAUUUAGGGUUGAGGAGUUGAGAUUUGUGGUUGUUGCGGUUUUUUAUGCGUGUUUUCUGUUAAUCUGUUUUGAUUGGAUGAUUUUGGUGAAGUACGAGAAGACGGAGGGUUCCGGUGACGAAAUUUGGAAUGAUAUGGGGGAAGGAAGGAUUUGUUUCUCCAGAGAAGCGAAGCUAGAAUUUUUGAAGCAUAAGAGGCUUCAGCGAAUUAAAGCAGGCACAUUAAAUGAUAGUGCACCUGUGAUGAACAUAACGACUAGAAGCAGUGGAGAUUCUUUAAGAGGUUCUGCACCCUGUGGUGUGAGAUCAUUCAGAAAUCCAGAUAUAUCUACACGAUCUGGGUGUGUUAUAAAUGGGAGAGAUACUAUGUCAAAGCCGAAGGUUGAGAAAUUUGACACAACUGAUCUUGAUUGGACUGAUAAGAUGCCCGAGUGCCCUGUAUAUUAUCCAAGUAAAGAAGAAUUUGACGAUCCUUUGGCGUAUCUGCAAAAAAUCGCCCCAGAAGCUUCACAAUACGGUAUCUGCAAGAUUGUUUCACCUUUGAAUGCUUCCGUACCCGCAGGCAUGGUUUUAAUGAAAGAGAAACCCAGUUUUAGAUUUACAACAAGAGUGCAGCCUCUUCGUCUUGCUGAGUGGAAUUCUGAUGAUAAGGUUACCUUUUUCCUAAGCGGAAGAAACUACACGUUCCGUGAGUAUGAGAAAAUGGCGAACAAGGUUUUUGCUCGUAGAUAUUAUAGUUCUGGAAGUCUUCCUGCUACUUACAUGGAAAAAGAAUUUUGGAAUGAAAUAGCUUCCGGUAAUACUGAAAGUGUCGAGUAUGCGUGUGAUGUUGAUGGCAGUGCGUUUUCAUCUUCUCCAAUUGAUGAACUUGGAAAUAGCAAAUGGAAUUUAAAGAAAGUUGCACGCUUGUCCAGAUCGAUCUUACGUCUUCUAGAAACGACAAUUCCGGGAGUUACCGAACCAAUGCUUUACAUAGGGAUGCUGUUCAGUAUGUUUGCUUGGCAUGUAGAAGACCAUUACUUGUAUAGCAUUAAUUACCAUCAUUGUGGAGCUGAAAAAACCUGGUACGGUGUUCCGGGUCACGCUGCACUAGAUUUCGAAAAAGUCGUUCGUGAAAAGGUGUAUAAUCAUGAUAUUCUGUCAACUGAAGGAGAAGACGGCGCUUUUGAUGUUCUCUUAGGAAAAACAACCAUAUUUCCUCCUAAUAUUUUGUCACAACACGGCGUUCCGGUUUACAAGGCUGUCCAAAAGCCCGGGGAAUAUGUCGUCACGUUUCCCCGAGCAUAUCAUGCAGGAUUUAGUCAUGGUUUUAAUUGCGGUGAGGCUGUGAACUUUGCGAUUGGUGACUGGUUCCCGUUGGGAUCAAUAGCUACACGUCGUUAUGCACUUCUUAACCGGACACCUUUGAUUCCUCACGAGGAACUUUUGUGUAAAGAAGCUAUGCUUAUUUCAUCAGUUGGUGAUUAUGAAGAUUUGGAAUGUCGUUCUGUAGACAAUGCAUCCAGACUUACCAUUAAGGCCUCAUUUGUGAAUUUAAUACGUUUCCAACAUCGUGCUCGUUGGUGCUUGAUGAGAUCUAGAGAGUGCGUGGGCGUUUCCGAACAUUCUCAUGCAACCAUUCUUUGCAGUGUCUGCAAACGUGACUGCUAUGUAGCUUAUAUCAACUGCAACUGCUAUUUGCAUCCUGUCUGCCUUCGCCAUGAGUUCAAGUCACUUAACUUGCCUUGUGGAACAAACUUUACACUCUCCGUAAGGGACGAACUCUUUGACAUGGAGACCGUUUCCAAAACGUUUGAGGAGGAUAAAGACGUCAUCGACGAGGUGAAGCAUCAAUCUAGAAACGGAGAUGACUCGAUUCUGCUAUCUAAGUUGUACCCACUAGCCGAAUACGACGAAUACAAUUUGUAUUGCAAGAUUGAGCUUCACCAGGACCGCAAUUCUAAACAGUCUGUUUCUGGGAUCAUGGAUGUUGAUGACACUUGUUCCGUACAUAAUCAUAUACACGGUGAUAAUAGUUCUUCUGAAGAUAUAACUACGGAAACACACAAAGCUUCACCAAUUGAUGUUAAAAGUACAUGCCAUUAUAGUGACGACUCUGACUCCGAAAUAUUUAGGGUUAAACGCCGUUCAUCGUUAAAACCUCAGCUAAGAAAACCGACCAGUUCUGUCCCUUCAAAAUUCGAACGUCAGGGGCUUAAACGGUUAAAGAAAGUACAAACUGAGAGAUCUGGACAUAGUUCAGCACCCGAGUGGUUAAUAAACGACAAAAAUUAUGUGUCAAAGGAUGGAUUUGGUGAAGACGGGAUAAAAAAAGGAACAGCCCUAGAGCGUAAUCCGAAACGACUUAAAGUAAAAGGCAACUUAAUUAACGGUUCCUUCGAAUGCAAGCAAAUAUCUUAGAGGUUUAACUUGGCUAACCUGGAUUAAAUUGGCGUUAUAAAGUUGUACUAACAACACAGAGAAAAGUAGAUGAAGUCAUGAAGCAGUAUGACAAAAGUUAACCCACAUUGGUAGACACAACAGAAAUAUAUUCUUUGCGCGGGCCUCUAUUCGGCACUGUGCGAAUUCUUUCUUCUUUCGAUUUUAGGUUGGGAUUAGCGGCUAUUUGAUGUACAUUGUCGGUUUAACAGUUGAUAAAUUGUUACGAGGCUAAAUGGUUGUUAAUAAUACCAUUUAAUGUCAAAUUCCCUUGCUGUCUGCAUGUUAGUUCCUUUGAUUACAUCAAUUAGUUGAUAAA